AUGCGCCAAGUUGACGAGGUCGGCUUCUGCCCCCACCCUCUCCCGCACCACUUUUCCAUCCAUGCGCUCAUCGCGACUCAUCAGACUCGCGACACAACACACCCCAGCGUCAAUAGCGUCCUGAGCAGCAUCCCACAACCGCCCAGCACAAUGGAUCGCUCGCAGGCCUCGUCGUCCAACCUCAUGGACAACCACAACCGCCUCGUCGCCGACAUCCUCACGCGCUACCGCACCCUCAUGAUGCUGGCCACCGUCCAGGCAGAGGGCGAGCGGAGCAACGCCACGCCCGAGACCAUGGCCGUCAGUGGCAUCUCCAUGAAGAUGGAGUUUGACGGGCUGAACUCGUCCAUCAAAGACCUGUUGUCGCUGUCGCGCAAGAUCAAGGAGCUGUGGGUGUUUGGGCCGCUGGGCCAGGGCGAUCCCGACCGCAAGGCCAAGGACGCCCAGAUUGAGGACGACGUCGCGCUCGUCUCGGCCCUGCUGAAUGGUCUUGACGGCCGGCGGAUGAGAGACCUGGCGCAAAGGUGUGGCGGUACGUGGGAGGUGUUGGCCAAGGAGGACGCUACGACGGCCAAGUGA